AUGUUUCCAUUUGUUCCUGCAUGGAUGCGACCAGUCCAACCGCGCUUCACCUUGCAACAGUGUGGACGCUGCGGAUUAAGACACGGAUGGACCGUCUGCAACGCACUGACUUCAUCAUGUUUCAAGUGUGGAAGAAGAGGACACUAUGCAAGGAUGUGUAAAACAAGGAAUUCCCGUACCAUCUGUGCUGUCUCUUCAGUACCGACGCGCUCAGUUGCAACGCAGACUGACGAAACAUAUACAGUGCGAACUUCAAGGAAAUCAAAGAGGAAGCAAACCAGAGACAGAGAAAGAAUAAUAAGAUUUCGGACAAGCCGCAAAAAUCGUAAAGAAAAUUCUACAUUGAAUGAAAUGCCAUUUUCAUCUGUCAGCGUUAUUGAAAUUCAUAGUGAAACUUUGGAGACCCAAGUUAAAAAAUUCAGGGACCAGGCAGCAUCUAACAAAUCCGACGCCCAGUACUACCAAAACAAAUGGUUGCGUGAGCGGCAAGCGUCUCUAGCGCGGCUCUUAGAUAAAGAAAAGAACAUCAAAGAAUUCCAGGAAAAACUAUCUGCUAUACAAAAAGACCUCGAGGAAUCGAAAAAGGUGAUCGAUGACUUCCAGAACGACACCAAAAAGAAACAAGAGGAGAUAAAUUCACUCCGGAAAUACAAAGAAUUCCAUUCCUCGAGGAAAGCCAUCUACAGUGGACCACCCCGUGGAGCCAGGAAGCAGUAUCCACGGACUUCCAAUACUGUAAGAAGUAUGCCUGACAACACUAGUUCUUCUUGGAAACACGAGGACGUGUUUCGGGGGGCAAAGGGGUACUGUGACCGUGUAAAAUGA